GCUGUACAGCUGUGCUGUAGUUUUUUUCCGUGCAUUUAUCUUAAUACAAUUUUUUUCAGUAUGCUGGAUGUCUGGAAGGAGGAAUGGGUGAAGAAGAUCUGGGUGCAGAAGCAGGCUUCUUGAUUUCCAAGUCGCGAAAAUCCGGGACUAAACCACGUGCCUUGGAUGAAAGCUGAGGCUUUAGGGUGGAAUGGCACCUUGAAGGUUCGGACUGAACUUGAUGAGCUUGCGAAAUUUAUGUUAAUUCCUGCGGGGAUAUUUAUACUAUUACUCCCUGUACUCCUGUGUAUAUUUACGCCCAAAUUUAUACACUCGGGAGUGGGUUAGAACAAAAUUCCUUCAUUAACCAUUCCAUCAAAAUCUGUGAGACCUUCGCCAUGGGGUCCUGCAUUGCGUCAUGGGGCGACUGGCUGAAUAAACUUUGUGCUAGUGGUGAGGAUGAAGAGGGAGGAGAAAGCAAGGAACCUUGUUGUGGGUAUUUGCUCGACACGUUUGGGGAAUGGGUGAGUCCAACGGAAGAGGGUUCUUUCAUGCGCACCCUUCUGUGUCCGGUGUUCGAAUCCGAAUCAUACAAGAAAUUAGCCCAAUGCGACAAAUUGAAGAAGCUCGCUAUGACUGUCGGCUUUCUGGGCUUUCUCAUUUGCGUGGAGUCGUUUUUUGCCAAGCCGUGGUGGGAUCAGGUCCAAGCGUGUAUCGGAGAAGACGCAACAUGUCCGCAGAAUUGGAAGAUAAUGGUGAUCAUGAUGUACCUGAAAGCCCUGGCAUUGAACGUCAUGGGCAUGGUCACAGCG